AUGACCAGUACUAUUUCACGUGUAAAGAUAGAUGAGCAAGCAUACAAAAGAUUUGUGCUUGAAACACAGGUAUUGAAAUUAAAGGGAGGUGUGUCAUUUCUGGUAACAUUAUCUCAUUCCGUGACUGGAUGUUUACCUGGAAAAACAAUUGUUUUUGACAGCAUCAAAAUUAAUCAUGGUUCUGCCUACAACAAGACAAACGGGAGAUUUACUGCACCAAGAAGUGGAACGUAUCAAAUCGGUGUCACACUUUGUGCUUCGCCGCACCAUGACUUUACUGUGCAAAUUGUGAAAAAUGUGGCUGGCAGAGGAUAUGGUUACUUGUUUCUGGAAGGCGGGUCUCACUGGGAGCAUAGAAGUACAUCCAGUAUGAUACACUUAGAUGCUGGUGACAGUAUAUGGAUUUCGUGCCUAAGGAAUAGUACAGUACAUGGACAAAAUGAUGGAAACGCAUACGAUUACAAUUCCCACUUCUCCGGCUUUCUUAUAGAACAUAAUUAG